AAAAUAGUUUGUAGUAUGUCUUUACGUAUUAAUAAUAGGUCCAGUAGUAUAAUUAGUAUAACAGUCAUUCAACAACACAAAGUUAUUACUCUUAGAAUUAUCACAAACCGACAGCCACGUGUUAUCAUGAAUCGUUGAGAAUUUCACAACAUAAACAAAGGAAGUAUAUUUUACGACAUUCAGACGUCAGAGACAGACCUGCCAACCUGUACGCAUCUUGCGUAGCCGCUACGAAUUUUUACCUCAUUGUACGACUGUACGUUUUCACAUUAAAAAGUACGCAUAUCGUCCGAACUCGCAUUUCAGUCAAGUUCUCGCUGAAGUUGAUACCGCUGAUCUGUGAGAAAAUUCAAAGCCAGAAUGGAACGCUUUGCCCAAUCCCCCCGCCCCUCUUCCAGAGCAUGUGGCUCUGCCCUCUUCACCCCCUCCCCUUCCUCCUUCGCAUCUCUGACAUAGACAUAUAAACAUAGACGCCGCGUAGAAUCAUACGUCAUCCUCGCCGCCAUAUUGGAUGUGGCAAAGUGGAGAUUCUUCAGCCGUCUCUGGUAUAGCGUCUAGACAGUAGCCGAGAAUAAAGAUGCCUCAUUCAUGUGCUGCGUUUAACUGUACCAACAGGUUUACCGUCCAAACGAGAUCACAUGGGAUUACCUUUCACAGGAGCAGUAACGUGUCCAAACUGGAGCGACUGAACUGCCGAGUGGUGAAGCUGCUGACGGCGGCGGUGCAGGAGGUGCUGGAGGUAGUGAAGGAAACGGUGUUGGAAUAUCAGGAGAAAACGGCUCGGACGCAGAGGGAGAACGAGAGACUGCGGUUGAAAUUACAGGACGCCCUGAAGAAACUGGAGGAAGAGAGAGAAAUGUCGAGGCUGGCAUCCAUGUCCUUGUCCAUCAACCGCCCAGGCGCUGAGUCUCAGCAAAUGCCUGAAACUCAACAUGCCUCUUGUUUGAAACAGGAUUCGGUUGUUAAAGCAGAUACUGAGCCAGAGGCGGUGUGUGACCUACAAGUUGCACUUACGCUACCUGAUAGAAGUACAUCAAGAACCGAGCAGGUCAACACCUCAGAUUUGAAACACACCAUUAAGGAAACGGAACAUGGGACUUGCGUUUCUGACACCUCAUCAUGCGUAGACAUUAAAACCGAACCUGUUGUGUCUGAAUAUUCACAACAACAACAACAACAACAACAGACCCCUCAAGUUAUGGUUACCAUGGGUGAGGACCUGAGAGACCAGACAACCAGACAGGACGACAUCAGCUCGAGUGUGUACGUCCAUUCGAACCUCGGUACACUCGGAAGGUGUGUAGGCAACAGUUGGAGUACAGUGUCUUCCCUGCAAAGACUCGAAAGACAGCAUCACAGUCCGCGAGACGAGGAGCAUCACAUGUGUCAGGUUUGCGGGAAGACCUUCAGUCGUGUCGGGAACCUUCGGAUCCAUCAGAGGUGUCACACCGGCGAGAAACCGUAUCGCUGCCUGGUGUGCGGCCGCUGCUUUAGCCAAGCAGGAGACCUGAAGAAGCAUAAAAGGGUCCACACUGGAGAGAAGCCCUACUGCUGCGUCCAGUGCGGCAAGAGCUUCAGCAGAGGGGAGAACCUCAAGCGGCAUCAGAAGAUCCACAUAGGAGACAGGUUGCGGCAUCAGAACUUGUGGAAAGAUUCUCAUGGAUUAGACGUUUGACUUUUUACAUUUGGAAUUCACUAGAGUAAAUGACAUGACCAGGACUAACACGAGGUCUGGAGGAAGUGCUAGUACUCAUGUGCUGGUCACAAAGUCACCCAACCAUCAAGCAGGCAAUUUUUUUUUUAAAUUGUCAUUGUUGAUAAAAUUGCUGUGAUAUAAGAGGAGUAAAACACAUUGGGACAAGCUAUUAUAGAAAAAUAAUCAAAUGGGGUAUUAAUGGUAACAUCGCUUCAUCACAAGUCCAGGGUUGAUAAUUUUCCUCAUGAGAUGCCAUUUUGGAACAAAGUGGACUGCACUGUGGUAGCAUCCUUGGGUUGGUGAAAGGCGUUCUAUAGAUUAAACAUUGUUGUUCUCAUUGUGAUUAUUUCCAACUGGGGGAGGAGCCUGUUUUUUUACACACCAGAAAAAUGUAACCAGAACCUGAAAAGAAUAAAGUAGUGAGUUUGACUGUA